GUGGGAUAGUACCUUGGUGACCCGGCGGAGGGUUUCCUGUGCCAGUAGUCAUCAUGGAUGACUAUCCCAUUCAGGGCCUGUUGGCCCUUUCUGUCUUGUUGGGACCGCUGUUCCAGCUUAUGUUCCCACUGGGGUUCGGGCGUGUGUGCACGUCCCGCAUGCUGAUGCGGUCUGGAACAGUGAAGCCUGGCCCUACACCUGCGGAGCAGGCAGAAAUAGACCGCAGGCUGGCAGAUAAGAAAAAGGAGAAAGAAGCAAAGAAAAAACAGAAAGAAGAAGAAGCAAGAAAGAAGAUGAAAGAGAAGAUGGAGAGAGAACUGGAAGAGGAGUUGAAGAGUAUAGAAGAAAGUGAAGUAGAAGAACAGGAGGAAGAACAAACACUGCAGAGACGUCGCCAAGAUAUACCCGAAAGCAGUACAACGACCCGCCUUCACGUUGAACCGCUGGACUGGGGCAGCCGGUACUACUACUCCAGCGAGCCAUUAAAGGAAACUGAUGAAGAACGAGAUACGUUCAUCACCAAGUUGGCCACCGUCACAGAUGCUGUUGAACGAAAUCUGAUGCUGGAAGAGAAAAGGUCUAAACUAAAUCGCAGGCUGUUGGCCGCUAGGCGGCAAGAAGUAGAAGAGAAAAAGAAGUUGCAUGCGAAGGGGGAGAAAUUGCAGAAAGCUCUAGAAGCGCAAAAGGAAAGUCCCUCUGAAACCGAAGCACAACUUGCUCUCCUCAGGGAGACAGUCCUCAACACAAGGCAAGAUAUGAAGUUAAUGCAUCAGACUCUACAAAGGGUUGAAGCGCAUCGAGUUGAAUUCGAAAACGUCUGGAAUAACUUUGUGGAAAAGUCAGCCAAGGAUGUUGACCAACAUGUGCAAACUAACAUCCAGGCUUUGGACGAACAUAUUAAUAAAGUCUUCACCCCGGAAGUCGUAGAGAAGAUUGUAAAGGGAGCUGGAGGUAACGGCGGAGAUGGGGAUGGCGACGACGAUGAUGAUAAGAAAGGAAAGAGGAAGGUUGGGGAUCCGAAAGAAAAACUUCCUCAGGAAACCGGGCAAGUUAACAAGAUAAAAAUUAAACUGCCCUGGACCUACAAUGGAACAAAAGAAGAAAGUGUGUUACACUGGGCGGCAGCAAUCGAAACUUAUGUGUACGGGCAGCGUAUUCCUUGUUGGGACAGGGUAUUGAUGGCGACAUCAUGCAUGGGAGGCGACGCCAUGAGCUUCGCCAUCUUGCUGCAAAAGGAAGCGGGAUGCAACUCUAUGGUAGAGUAUUCGCAACAGACCCGUAUUGAGGAUUUCCUUAAAGCGGCUCGAAUGACACCUAAGUUGACGAGGUGGGCUGCGGAAAUUGAUAUGUUUGAUUUUGAAUUGAAGCCAGUAAAGGAGUUUGCUCCUGAGAAGAACAUCUCUCAGAAGCUUCUACCCACCUACAGAGGACCUUGGCAGGUUCUAGACGUAAUUGGAGAUGUGGAUGGUCCUUCGUAUGUCAUUGAGAUUCCUCCUCAUCUACGUACAUAUCCAGUGUUCCAUGCGUCCAAGCUUUACCUUGUGUAAUGAAUGAGCUCUUCCCAAGUCGCCAAUCAGCGAUACCUCCAAGUAUGGAUGGGAAGUAUGACGUGGAUAAAAUUGUUGCAGAAAG